AUGAUCCUCAAUUUCAUCAUAGACUCGUCGUCAUUUGAAAAAGGGUUGGGAAACAUUGCCAUAUGGUCGAAACUUAACGACCCGAAAUUGACCAUUAAUGCUUAUCUACCGCUAUUCACUAUUCAGGAAUUGGAUUUCCAACGGUUUAAACGCAAGUCAGUAGUCGCCAAGAGGGCACUACAUUUCAUCGAUUUGUUACAAGAUAGUACCAGUUUCAAGUUGCAUUUAGAGUACCCAGAAUUGAAUGAAGCCAUCUCGUGGAAUGAAACGGUCAAGUUGUGCCAGCAAAAUUCACAUACGUCUUUAUCCCAGCAUCAGAUCUCCGUCAUACCGAUUAGGUUUAAGAAGUUGCUCAAGAGUUGCUAUUACAAAUGUCACUAUAAAUCGCACGAUCUCGAUGAGGAUAUAGAUCAUACAAAUGAGAAAUCAGAUCCCGAUGAUAAGGGAUGGGUUUUAGUUACAGAGGAUGACACUGUGAGGUCGUUGGCAACACAGUUCCAGAUCCCGUUUAUCUCGGUAGUGGAAGCAGACGCUAUCAUCAAUGCAUGUAUCAAAGAUAAAUCAUACGUUGUCAAUGAGAAAUUCUCAAAGACAGUUAUUAAAAAGGCUAAUAAAGUUAAAGAACAAGAAGACGGGAAAAAAGUGUUCGUUACUGACUUUAAGAACGACUUCUUGGCCCCAAGAGCUAAAAGCGGUGAAUUGUGGACGCCAACUUCGGCCAAGAAUAAAUCUUGA